GCCGCAGCUCGUUCAAAGUUCCCCCCCGUCGCCCCCCCGUCGCGUUUGUCCCUUCAGGGGGAACAGCAGGAAUAUUCAUCGGGAAUUUCAUAACGCAACAAGUGGGUUUGAGUAGUGGCGUUUGUGUUGUCUUUUAUUUUAUUUAUUAUUUUUUCUUUCCGGUUUGUGAUUUGGUCUUCCUGAAAAAACACCUGCGGCACUCAGGUGACUCCCCGAUGAAGAGGGAAGUCCUUGGGCGGUGAGCGGUGAAAAGCUGUUUGUCCGGCCAGUAUGUGUUCCAGUCGAAAUAUAUGUGGGGCCAACAACCGGCCCAACAGAGCCAGGUCCGAGUCCAGAGGAUCAGGGGCCCACUAUGCGCUGUGCGCCCUGGGAGUGGGACUCGUUGCCCUGGGGGUCGUUAUGAUCGUCUGGACUAUGAUUCCAGAAGAUAAGUCUCCAACUGGAAACAGUACUGUGGGCCCUACUCAAGAUGGCCUACAAAACAUCUCACCAAUCGCUCUGGUUCUGGUCGGAGUGGGAGUGGUCAUGCUGCUGCUGUCUGUUUGCCUCGGUUUGAGGAGCAAGAGGAGAGGUCAGAGCCAAAACGCCCAGCCAGCGAGAGCAGCAAGCGGCUUCGUGGACCAGGCCGCAGGACAGGAACAGCAGGACCCAGAGUCGUACAACGUGCCCAGCUAUGACGAGGUCAUCGGCAGCGGCAACUACCCCGUCCGCCAGAGCAACCUGAGACAGAGCACCUCUCAGCUGCCGUCCUACGAAGACAUCCUGGCAGCUGUGGAAAACGAGGAUUCCCAGCCUGCUAACAACUCCUCAGAGAACAGCCCUCUGAACGACCAGACGCCCGCUGCUGCCGAGCCGUCCGGCAUAGCGGCGCAGCCCAGCCUGCCGACCCGCAGCGCCAGCCGGGCCAGCCGCUUACUGAAGCCCCUCAGAGUAAGACGGAUAAAGUCGGACAAACUGCACCUGAAAGACUUCCGCCUCCAGAUCCGCACCCCCACGCAGAACCCAGUGACCAUAGAGCCCAUCACGCCGCCCCCGCAGUACGAUAACAAGAUGCCUGAAUUACAGUAAUGGCUCACCCUGCUGGCUUCCCAAUUGGCCUGCGGCUGAUUAAAACCUAUGAAAAUAUCUAAUGGAGUUUGAGGACUGGCGGUGAUGUUUCUGAGAGCCUGUUUUAAGGGCGCCGUGAAGCAGGUGGAUGUGCCGGUUGGGCAGGAUGAUGAUGGAGGCAGACACACUCCGGAAACGAGAACACUUUCCGCUUUAUCAAUGAAGCUUCGGGUCGGCUCAUCAGCUCUGUCAUCACACGUUAAUGCUUCAGAGCAAGAGUAACGGAGCAAGACAGCAUUUCAGUUUUAUUUAUUACUCACAUAAAAUGCCUUUUAACAAAAAUAUGUUGUUGCUUCAGUUCGUAAAAUGGAACCAUGCGUCGUGCAGAGGGGGAAACGGAAGAUUAUCCAGCAGACAUUUAACUCACUUAGUUUGAGAUGUAAAAACUGCGAUGAAAAAACUCGAUAACGUUUGAACCUUGUUGCUGAGAUAUUGACUUGUUUUUUAUACAUAUAAGUGUUUAAAUCUUAAAGCGGAUAUGUUUUAAUAUUUUAAAAUUGUGGUGAAUAAAUGUUUUCCUUUUUAGUUUCUGUUUGGUUUGGUUAUGUUGUAAGCUUAAGUUGCAUAAUUUAAUAAAAUAUGGAUGGUGAUACCAUU